AUGGCCGAUCAGAGCAACAUCCAAUCCGCCGCUUCCAAGAGCAUACGGCCCUUUAAAUCCAGCGAGGAGUACCUGUACGCUAUGAAGGAGGACCUGGCGGAAUGGCUGAACACCCUCUACGAUCUGGACCUGAGCGCUGACACCUUCACGGAAGGCCUGGAGACGGGUUGCGCCCUGUGUCGGCACGCCAAUAACGUCAACCGAGCCGCCCAGGACUUCCAGCUGGAGUACCCCGAGGCGGCCCAGUCCAUGAAGCUGCCCCGAAAAGACGUCGUCUUCCAGUCCCGCAACGUCACCGCGGGCUCCUUCUUAGCUCGGGACAACGUGUCCAAUUUCAUCAGCUGGUGUCGGCGGGAGCUGUGGAUCAAGGACGUGCUCAUGUUCGAGACCAACGACCUGGUGGAGAGAUGCAACGAGAAGAAUUUCGUUCUGUGCCUGCUCGAGGUGGCGCGACGCGGAGCCAAGUUCGGCAUGCUGGCCCCCAUGCUCAUCCAGCUGGAGGAGGAGAUAGAGGAGGAGAUCCGGGACCACCAGGGCAGCCUGCAGGUGGACCCCGGGGAGCCGGAGGUCCAGAGCACGCCCACCAGGUGCUUCGGGCGCAGUGAGAGCAAACACAGCGUAGAGGACGAAGCAGAGCCGGAACCUUUCGUGUGGCCCCAGAAGAGAGUUUUAUGUGACAUGAGGAAUUUGGACGAGCUGGUCCGUGAGAUUCUGGGCCGCUGUUCCUGUCCAGCUCAGUUUCCCAUGAUCAAGGUGUCCGAAGGAAAGUACAAAGUGGGAGACUCCAGUGCGCUGAUCUUCAUAAGGGUCCUUCGUACCCAUGUGAUGGUGCGCGUUGGAGGGGGUUGGGACACAUUGGAACACUAUUUGGACAAGCAUGACCCAUGUCGCUGUGCUGCCUUUGCCCAUCGAUACCACCAGGCUAAGGCCAGUGGCCAAAGUCAGGGAGGCCAGAGUAAGUCUUCAAGCGCACAUUCAUCCCGCUCCACAAGUCCUGGUCCCCACUGGCGAAAUGAUGGAAUGGCGCCAUACAAACCACCCGCAGACAGACGCCCGUUGGAUCCCUCCUCCACACCUAGUGCCUCUUCCGCUCCUACAAGGCCAAGCCACCCUCAGAACCCCUCGAGUACAUUGGAAGCUGAACCUCGUGCCGGUCUUCCACAACCCCCCAGAGAUCGCUCGGAGGCUCGACCCUUUAACCCUCUGAGGAAUCGAGAUACAACACUGCCGGUAACCAGACGUCUCUCUGGAGACAGUGACUCUUCCACGGCGUCCUCCAAAGGAGGAGGAGGACGUCUCUCUCUUACUGGAACAUCACACCGCUCGAGUGAAGAAGUUGUCCUUCUCGUCAAUCGCAAGCAGGGCAAGCAUGUGAUCGAACGGCCUGGAAAUCAGAAUGUGUCCCGUACUUCACUGCCCCGUGCGCGCAGCCAAUCUCGGGAACGCUCGGCACUAGCUCCAGCACUGAAACCUAACCCACCUCAAGGAUCAGAUGGAUUAAGAAGCGCUCGGACAGAAAGGGGCAGAUCCCUUUUUAACGAAGGUCCCAGGAGGCUCCACGCACCUCGUUCGCACAGCCAGGGUAAGGUACCUAACCACACUCGAUCCAGUGACGCCAUAUCAGGGCCCGGUACCAGCCACAGGGAUACUCAACCAGCAGAGAAACAAGAAGACCCUCGCAAUAAGCAAGUGCCCCCGCCAUCACCUCGGAUAGGUGGAGUGUUGUCCAAAAGGCAGUCAUCCUCGUGCUCCAACUCACCCCUUAAAGGAGUUCAAAACAACAACAACAACAGUCCCAGUAAGAAGACUAUUAACACUCCUAGACCUCCUCGCUUACCCUCCACUGGAAAAGGUAGACUCCUACCUCCAGUUACCUCAGGAGGACGGCGGUCUCCUCAUUCAUCUCCCCGGAAUUCUCACCACCAUGCUGUCCACACUCCUCGAUCGUCUCAUGGCUCUCGGCCUAAUGGGCGAGGCCUAUGUAGAACCUGGUCUGGUCAUGGCCGUCAGGAUCCAGAAGAAGAAGGACAAAGCUGUGCCUUCCAGAUGCUGCCAACUCUGGACCCUCAGAAAGAACAGGACCUAUAUCGCAGCUUUGAGGCUGAGUAUUUAGCCAACACAAAGCAGGCCAGAGGCAGGGCGGGGCGAGUAAUGGGCCAGCAUGCUACUAGAACCCAUUCAGGACCUGAUUCUAAUAUCACAGAUUCUGCUUAUUCCUCCUCUAACUCGUCCUCUUCCUCUUUGAACGUGGGGGCAAAGAUACGAGCCCUGCCAGAACUUAGGGAGUCCAAAAGGGGUAACCCUUGCCACUUUCCCUUGGAAGAUCCCUUGAAUUUACUUUAUGGACACAACUUUGGUCAAGGCGACGCGGAACACUGGAGAGAACAUGGAGGGAAUCUCAAGAAGCUCCCAGCUAUCUCUAGCAACACCGAGACACAUACUCCUUUUCAUGGAGAGUCUAACAAACUGGUUACCCCCCAAACUGACCUCUGCAAGAAUAUGAAUGGAGACCAUAGGGGACAACAAGAUGAUAGAUGGGACAACAAUUCAGGAGAUGUCCCACUAGAGACUCAUCUGCCAAACCUACCAUAUGAUGUACAGAAUAGUAACGGCAGUGCUGACCUCCCACCCCCAGAGGCCUGUCCUUUACCCUUGUCCGAGGAUUGCUCCUAUCAAGACUCCUCCAGUGAAAACUCUUCAAUGUGCUUCAGCCUAAGUGAAUCCCACUCUGAAUCUCCCCCGCUGACGUCUCCCUUGGCUAACGGCGACGCAGGCGGAAAUGCACUACACGGUAACAAAGAACAAAAGAAGACGGAGAGUGUCCUAGUUUCUAAACACAAACUUGCAGCCAGAAUGAAACCGCGUGCUGACAACGGUCCAGCAAACAACCCCUCACGCAUUCCUACACUGGUCAGCUUCAGAGACGCGCAGGGUCACGAGACACUUUCACCCUGCCACACGCCGCCACUCUCCCCUCGUAGUUCCCGUCCUCCCGCUUGCAACAAGGAUCACACCUUUCCUGGAAAAGCAGGGAGCUUAGACACUGAGGCUUGCAUGUAG